CGUGACAAAAAGUAGUGAGUCAAAAGAUGACUCUCUGAGGGCUAACAGUGGGAGUGUCUCAAAUGGUACAAUAUAUAUCACCAAGAGCUCAGAGAAUCUGUUUAGGUUCAACUGGCAAGUUGGAUUAUUAUAUGCCUCUUUGAAGUUUGUGGGACAACACUGAUUUCACAAUGGGCUCCAUCAGUGCAGCAAAUGCAGAAUUUUCUUUUGAUGUAUUCAAAGAGCUGAAAGUCCAACAUGCCAACGAGAACAUCUUCUAUUGUCCCCUGAGCAUCAUUGCAGCCUUGGCCAUGGUUUAUCUGGGAGCAAGGGGUAACACUGAGUAUCAGAUGGAGAAGGUUCUUCACUUUGACAAAAUUGCAGGACUUGGAGGAACUAUUCAGACCAAGGUAAAGAAAUCUAAGUGUGGCAAGUCUGUGAAUAUCCACCUACUGUUUAAAGAACUCCUCUCUGAUAUCACUGCACCGAAAGCCAAUUAUUCACUCCACAUUGCCAACAGACUCUACACUGAAAAGACACAUCCAAUCCUACCGAUCUACUUAAAAUGUGUGAAGAAACUGUACAGAGCAGGUCUGGAAAUGGUCAAUUUCAAAACAGCACCAAAUCAAGCCAGACAGCUCAUUAAUACCUGGGUGGAAAAUCAGACAAAUGGAAAGAUCCAAGGUUUCCUUGAACCAGGCUCUGUUGAUCUUGAUACUGUUCUGGUCCUUGUGAAUGCUGUUUACUUCAAAGGGAUAUGGAAGACGGCAUUUAAAGAAGAAGACACUCGGGAAUUUCCCUUCAGCGUGACAAAGCAAGAAACCAAACCUGUGCAAAUGAUGCGUCAGAACAGUACCUUCAAAGUGGCAGCAGUGACUGCAGAAAAAAUUAAGAUCCUGGAGCUUCCGUAUGCCAGCGGGGAGCUGAGCAUGUUGGUGCUGUUGCCCGACGAAAUCUCUGACCUGGAGAAGCUUGAGAACAAAAUCAGCUUUGAAAAACUGACAGAGUGGACCAGUCCUAAUGUGAUGGAAAGGAAGAGAAUGAAGGUGUACCUUCCACGCAUGAAGAUGGAGGAAAAAUAUAACCUCACAUUUGUCCUAAAGGCCUUGGGUAUGACUGACCUGUUCAGCCCUUCAGCCAGUCUGUCUGGCAUCUCUUCACAAAAGAGCCUGAAGAUAUCUGAGGCCAUCCACAAGGCGUACAUGGAAGUUAAUGAAGAGGGCAUCGAGAUGGCUGACUCAGCAGGGGUGAUGGGAGACAUCAAACAUUCCUUUGAACUAGAAGAGUUUAAGGCUGACCACCCUUUCCUUUUCUUGAUCAAACACAAUCCAACUAACAGCAUCCUCUUCUUAGGUAGAUAUUGUUCCCCCUAAAGAAAGAAAGAGCUGGAAGUAAUGUUUGCCUUCCCCUCAGAAACACACCCCUUUUAGUGUAACAUUGUGAUGUAAUCUCAUCUUUUCAAUAUUUACUCCAAGUGGAAAACCUAAUCUAAGAAAUGCCCAUUUGGGAAGCUUCUAUAGCAAAGACAUAAUUGCAGGUGAGGAAACAGCAGCAAGUGUGUUUGUGUUUACUCCUUUCCCUUCUCAUACUUCUUUCAGGAUUGCUUGAGCUGAGCCAAGACUGAGCCAACAGAGAGUAGAGGCACCCACCAGCCAGGAAGGGGACAAGUGAUUUUCAUUUGAAGAAUAAGUUGCAGGCAUGAUUCCAAGUCUUUGGGAAUCUAUUACACAGAAAGCUGUGUGUGGGUGGUGCUCAUCUCAUUCCCAGAUAGCAUCCUGCUGACAAACCCAUGCUGCUGUUCCUGAACCACAGGGUUUGAGAUAUCCCAUCUGGAGGAGGUGCUUGUGGAUAGCAUUCUGCUAUGCAGGCUAUUGGCUGGUGCCUAUGUAAAUUUUAAUGUGUUUUACUUAGCUGUUGGUAAAUGGUGUAUGUGUCCACUAUCACCAGAGUUGUCCUCUCACCAUGAGUUCCUCGCCUAGUUCUCUAUUUCUUGCAGAGGUUCUCCAAAGUUGUGGAGAGUGUCCCACUUCAGAGAGCACAAAGAGAUCUAACUUUCUGUAGGUGCAGUUGUGCCUUCUCGCAGAGUGUAAAUUCAAAGCCUGAAACAUGGAUAUCCAGGUGAUUCAAAUGAUCCAGAACUCAGAACUGCCAGACAUAAGAGCUGUCUGAAUUCUUAUUUAAAAUAUUGGAAGACGGUUCAAAUUUGAGAACAUUUAGAUUUUUUGUGAAAAGUUCUGCAAGUGGUCCUAAAGAUUUCUCCAUGGGAAUUUUGUGAAAAAACACAGCUUUCAAAAUAAUCCCUGUCUCUGUUGAGCUUGCUUAGCAAGUAAAAUUCAAUUAGUCCCUGGAAAGCCCUCAGGUGAAGUUCAAAGUUUGAGUACAUUACUCUUCCAUGAAUGCAGCUGUGCUUCUGUGUUCCUAUGAUAGUUUAAGGCUACAUCUCUUGUUUUUUAAGAAAUACAUGAGAAUCCUAAUAUCAUCUUUUCUCUUCCUGUGUGUCCAAUGUCAUCUGCAAAUACGGAUAUAUUGGCUCAAUACUAUGUCCUGUUUUCAUUUUAGUCCUACAUUAUUGAUUUUGAUGCAUACUUUUGAUUUUUUUUUUUGUUAACAAUAAAAAAAUUAUCACAAA